AUGUCGCUUGGGAAGAGACAGAAUUUGUGUGUAAAGCAGCUCAUCUUAGAGCCUCUGGAAAUGCAUGAAAAUUUAGAAAAUGGUAAAAUUGAUGAGUUGUCUUCAUCUUUAAAAACAAGGAAUAAAUAUGAUCCUAAUGGUGAAAAGAUCAAGAGCCAGAUUGGAGUAGUUUCAAAGGCAAGCGUUCUAGAAGAGAAGCUCAAAGAUGUUUUAAUACAACGAACAUUACCUUUUAUUUCUCCACAGAAGCAUGUGUCCAUAGACAACACAGAAAUAAAUGAUGGCUGUAACUCUAACAGACAAUUCAGAAUUGAAUUUGCGGAUUUGUCACCUUCCCUGUCCAGCUUUGAAAAAGUUACUGAUCUGCACCAUUGCCACGUACAACUUCCUACUGAUGAAUUUCAAAAUUUUGAAACUUGUCAGGAUGGAAGUGAAAAAAGCAGUACUUGCUUUCAUUCAUCUGAACAAGAAACUCUGGAAAAUGGUAAAAGGAGUACUUUUUUGUAUUCAGAUGGAGUUAAUAAGAAAUCAGAUGUCAAAGAUCUUGAUCCCUUAGAAAUUCACUUAGUACCAUAUACCCCCAGAUUUCCAACUCCCAAGCCCAGAAAGAUACGAGCUGCUCGUCUGUUACGCCAAAAGUAUAUAGAUAUUCCUAGUGAAAAUACUGAAGAACCACAGAAUUUAGACAGAAACUCUUCUUGUCUUUCUGAAGAUAGUUUGAAAAACAGUAAAAUCAGUGUUCAUCAGAAUGUUCUGUGUUACCAGGAACAGGUGGACAAAGGGAAGCCAGGAAAUAAAAGUAAAUUGAACGUGGACUCCAAUGAUGACAGACAUAUCUUGGUUAAUUCACAGAAAACUAUGUGGCAUGACACAUCUUCCUCUGAAAAAAUGGAGACAGUGUUUACUUUGAGUUCUGACAGCAAGACAGUAGACGGUUCUAGUAUGUCACUUCCUGUGGACAAAGGGACCAGUUUUAUAAGAUGCAGUACUCUAUCUAUGAGCCUGCCUAAGCAGCUCAAAUUAACUUGCAACAAACAUUUGCCUACUGCCUGUAACUUGGGAGUGUCUGCCCCUCUAAUGCAAAAGGAAUCUACAGUAAAAGAUGAAAGUUCCUCAAGAAUUAUCCCAAAAAAACCUCAAAGACACAGCUUGCCUGCUGCAGGAGUGCUUAAGAAGGCUGCCUCAGAGGAGCUUCUGGAGAGAAGUUCUUAUCCCUCAAAUGAAGAAAAAAAUUCAGAGAAGGCUCUAGAAAGAAAACAUCUUCAUCAUUUGUGUGCCUCAAACCAUGGUAUGUCAUCCUCCUUUGAUAUGCCUAAACAACCUUCAGAAAAGCCAGUGUGGAAAUUACCUCAUCCCAUUUUACCCUUUUUAGGAAACCCAGAAUCCUUAAAGUCUGUAACUAUAUCUUCAAAUAGUGAGCCUUCAACUGCCCUGACUAAGCCUAGAGCAAAAUCAUUAUCUGCUGUGGAUAUGGACAGGUGCACUAAGCCUUGCAAAGACUCUCAAAAGAAAACCUCUUUAAGGAAGUUGCUCAACCUGAAGCUGUCCAUCUGUUUCAUGAAGAGUGACUUCCAGAAAUUUUGGUCCAAGAGUAGCCAACUUGGAGACACAGCCUCAGGCAGCCUCUCAGGUGGGGAGCAAAAAGGAAUUGAAAGUGACUGGCAUGGCUUGUUGGUGGAAGAGAAGAAAAGUAAACCCAUCAAGGCAUAUUCUGCAGAUAACUGUAAUCUAGAAUUCCAAAAGAAGAGGAAGAAAUCUCGAGGUCAGACUAGUGCAACUAAUGGACCAAGAGCUGAGUCUUUGGAUGACCAGCUGCUCUCCAGGGAGUCAUCAUCUCACACACCUUGCAAAUCUGUUACAAGUGGCUGUGCACCCGAGUAUGAAAACAUACGCCAUUAUGAGGAAAUACCAGAGUAUGAGAACUUGCCAUUUAUUAUGGCUGUAGGGAAAACUCCAGAGUUGGAAAGGCAAAAUUCCAGCAGCUUGGAGGAUACUGACGCAAAUGUGUACGAGAUAGAAGAACCAUAUGAAGCUCCAGAUGGACAGCUGCAACUCCGACCCAGAUGUCAGCAUUCCAGUUCUGCACCAUCCCAGGAAGAACACAGUGACCUGGAUCUUGGUCUCCGUGACCUUCCUUCAGAUGAGGAGGAAGUUGUCAACAGUUCUGAUGAAGAUGAUGUCAGCUCUGAUUCUAGCAAAGGAGAGCCUGACCUGCUGGGAGACAAACAGGAUGAAGAUGCUGGAAUGAGAAGUAAAGUCCAUCAUAUUGCCAAGGAAAUCAUGAGCUCAGAAAAAGUGUUUGUGGAUGUGUUAAAACUUUUGCAUAUUGAUUUCCGGGAUGCUGUAGCCCAUGCUUCCAGACAACUUGGAAAAGCAGUGAUUGAAGACCGGGUCCUAAAUCAGAUCCUGUACUACUUGCCUCAGCUAUAUGAGCUCAACCGGGAUCUCCUGAAGGAACUGGAGGACAGGAUGCUGAACUGGACUGAACAACAAAGAAUUGCUGAUAUCUUUGUAAAGAAGGGACCGUAUCUAAAAAUGUAUUCCACGUACAUUAAAGAAUUUGAUAAGAAUAUAGCUUUGUUGGAUGAGCAGUCCAAGAAAAACCCAAGUUUUGCUGCUGUUGUGAGAGAAUUUGAGAUGAGCCCCCGCUGUGCUAACCUGGCCCUCAAGCACUACCUGCUCAAGCCAGUUCAGAGGAUCCCCCAGUACAGGCUGCUGCUGACAGAUUAUUUGAAAAAUCUCCUAGAAGACUCUGGAGAUUACAGAGAUACUCAAGAUGCCCUUGCUGUUGUCAUAGAGGUAGCUAACCACGCCAACGACACCAUGAAGCAAGGAGACAACUUUCAGAAACUUAUGCAAAUUCAAUACAGCUUAAAUGGACACCAUGAAAUCGUGCAGCCUGGACGGCGGUGUUGGAGGGUGGUGGAAUCUGUUGCCAUGGCAGAAGGAAAAGAAGAGAGAAAAAGGCAAAGAAGAAAAGCUGACAUCUGGUUGAUGGAACCUUCUUUUGCCCCCAACAGUUCUGCCACAGAAAGGGAUGAAUGGCUAGAAGCAAUUUCCAGGUCAAUAGAAGAGUAUGCCAAGAAAAGAAUCACGUUCUUCCCAAGUAGGAGUCUCGAUGAGGCUGACUCCGAGGAUAAAGAGGAAGUUAGUCCUCUUGGAUCAAAGGCUCCCAUCUGGAUUCCUGAUACCAGAGCCACAAUGUGUAUGAUCUGCACAAGUGAAUUUACUCUGACCUGGAGACGGCAUCAUUGCCGGGCCUGUGGAAAGAUUGUAUGCCAAGCUUGUUCAUCAAAUAAGUAUGGCUUAGAUUACCUGAAAAAUCAACCAGCAAGAGUAUGUGAACAUUGUUUCCAAGAACUGCAGAAAUUAGAUCGCCAGCAUUCUCCUAAGAUCGGAUCUCCUGGAAAUCACAAAUCUUCAAGUGCCUUAUCAUCAGUCUUACAUAGUAUUCCAUCAGGGAGGAAACAGAAAAAAAUCCCAGCAGCUCUCAAAGAAGUAUCAGCAAACACAGAAGAUUCUUCUAUGAGUGGCUACUUGUACAGAUCAAAGGGCAAUAAAAAACCUUGGAAACACUUGUGGUUUGUCAUAAAAAAUAAAGUGCUAUAUACAUAUGCCGCAAGUGAGGACGUGGCAGCUUUGGAGAGUCAACCUUUACUAGGAUUCACUGUCACUCAAGUCAAAGAUGAGAAUUCAGAGUCUAGAGUAUUUCAGUUAUUGCACAAAAACAUGUUAUUUUAUGUAUUCAAAGCAGAUGAUGCUCACUCAGCUCAGAAGUGGAUAGAAGCAUUUCAGGAAGGCACAAUAUUGUAGCAGUAUUGGUUUCAUCUCUUCUGUGAUUCCAAAAGGGUGGAAUUUCAUCAGAAUGGAGUAAAUGCAGUACAAAAAAUUUUAUAUAAAUGAACACUGCCAAAAGAAAUCCAACCAAAAUAUUCAUCAAGUAUAAAAAAUAAUUUUGUUAGGUAUGAAAUAAUUUUUUUAAUGUUUGUUUAUUCAUAUAUGUUAUUUAUUAAAAUGUUGGUGUUUACUUAAUGGUCAGAAUUAUAUCUGAGACUCACACUGAAUUCUAAAGUACCUUUUCUGUAGAAACCAGAAAGUUUGGACCCAGUCCACACUGUUUUCUCAACGUGUUUUACAGUGUUUCAUUGUAACAUUUUCACUAGUUUCUGUAAAUAAAAAACACACAUCAAGGAGCAAAUUUCCGGUCAGUGUUUGGUGUAGAAAUUAUGAUUAUAAAAUGUAUAACAAAAAAAAUUAAUGUCUUUGAAUCAAUAAACUUAGAUGAAUGUUUGUAUCUUUUAAUGGAAAAACAAAUAGCCAAUUUCUACCUCAGUAACUGUGAAAUGAAAUUCCAUUAAGUUAUCUAAAGCAUUUCUACUGUUAUGUAGCUCUUUUGGCAUGAGAUAAUAUUACAUCAUCAAGGAGUUACAGCAAAGGGAAGAAUCUGAAUUCUUUAACUGAACCUAUGAGUAGGAAAGAGGAUGUUUUCAAUUGCAGAGGAACACAAUAAUGUAAAGGCCUUUACAUUAAAUCUAUCUUUUUUUAAAAGCUACCAGUUCAACAGAAACUAUUAUGAUUUUUUUAAAAAGCAAAAUAUGACAAACAUUAUAUUACAUAAUGUCCUUUGAUAUUGUGUUCUGAGCUCAAGUCAAUGGUGGUAUUUGUAUCUUAAAAAAUGUUUAUAUUUCCCAUAAUAUUUCCGAUAAUAUUGUGCUUUUAAAAAUCAACUGUAAUUACCAUAUCAAAAAGGCACAAGUUCUAAGCCAGUAUUAACUGAAAUUGUAUAAUACUAGUUUUUAAAUACCACUUUGUGUUAUGUUCUCCCUGGUAAUUAAAACAAAUCCUUUACCUUUAGCAACUGUCAGCACACUUCAUUAGGAAAGAUUUACAUUCACACUUCUGGUGCACUUUGUACAUAAAAUUGUUGAUUUGUAAAAGAAAAAUGAAAUUAAUACUAUGAUUACUAAAGUCCUUUAUGUUCAUGAUAUACAUUUAUUGACUGAGCCUAAAUAUAAAUUGUCUUAAAAGACAAGGUUAUUCAUAAAAUAUUUCAUUAAAGGGCACUAGAAUUUUCCCUUCUGCUUUUCUGUAAACUAUUUCCUAAUUCAGUGUGAUAGAAUUGCCCAGAGAAUUACUGAGUGCCUUUCUGAAGUCUUUUUAAUGUAACUUGUUGCGGCACCAAAUUAUUCACUAAAUCUAGGCUUGGCUGCUGGAGUUUUUCUGGCUAUUUCCUGCUACUGAAUCAUUUAAACCCUGCUAUAUAACUUUAUGCACCAUCCUCACAAGUUAUCUCUCUAGUCUUCCUGUUAUAGCAGGUAAACAGAUACUUCUUUGCAACUCACUAAUUUUAAUCAAGGUGGCACAAAUAAGGCUACCAUGUUAAAAUCCAUGCAGGUUUUGUUGUAUCCUUUUUGAAGACCAAGGUCAUACCUUAUGAAGUGUUUCCUUCAGUUUCAUUUUGCAAAAUGACAAAAUUAUUUGGAAUUCCUCCCCACCUUUUGUGCUGUCAGCCAUCUGACUACAUGACUUGGCUUAAACUGCAGAAUUUAGAAACUAUCAGCCAGACUAUCCUAUCUUCCAGUAAUUGGCUAAAUCAAUAACCAGUUAUAAACCUAAAUAGAAAAAAAAACUGCACAAACUUUUAGUAAUUCUCCUAAUUACAUGUGGAAACUCAUGUACAAUUGUACUAGCUUUUGACUUAGCCCUGUGGAGGGCUUUGAAAACUUUAUACAACUAUAAAAUAUAGCCUUUUGAGGAAGCUAACAAAUUACCACCACCACCCAUCCCCAUAAAGAUGUUUUAAAUGUGGAACAGUAUUUCCCCCUUAUCAAUCUUUGUAACUUAUUAAAGCUGAUCCUUUAUUUAUUUAACCUGGGAAUUCAGUGUCAACUGAGAAGCCUAAUUAUAUACAUUUUGUUGUAAAGCUCAUUUAUAAAAACAUCUCUUGAUAGCUAACUUUUAGAGAAAAAAAUGGUGUUGGGUGCAUUCUAUAUAUGAGGACAAAGUAUAAAUAGUACUAAAUCUUAAAAUACUGUAUUGAUGAAACUGAUAGCAUGUGCUUCAAACCCUUUUCAAGUAUCUCCUUUUAUUCACGAGGAGGAGAAAGAGCAGUUGCAAAGCUAAGCUAGAAAUGCUGCUGAAAUAGCCUAGACAAGAAAGAUAUGCCAGGUUAAAUUUAGGGGAAGGCUGGUGUUAUUAGUAUGUGGCCCCAACCAGUGUUCCUCCUCUACCUUUGGUAGCUCUAAAUGUAAAGGACCCACUAGAAUCCUAGCAAAAUGAGAAAGGUUUCUUUGGCAUCAUUCCGUGUUUCUGAACUUCUCUCUAACCUCUUUUCCCAUUGUACCUGGUAUCUUCCUAUUGUCCUUUGCCAAAGAUUCUUAAUUCUGUCUUAUGCAACCAAAAGCUUGCUUCUUUGACUCUGCAGUAGCAUUUCUUAAAGUGAGAUCAUCAGAGCAACUUUUGUUUAAUAUAAAGCAAUGAAAGAAUUAAUUGAAGAAGACAAUUUUAAAGUAUAGUUUUGUUAGCCAAGUGUACUUAUUGGGUUGGUAGAAUAUGUCCAGAAAUAGGGAAAGCCUGCUAUUUAGUAAUUUAGUUUGUAAAUGUUAUCACAGCAUAUGUUGAUACAUCUGGGAGGGUGCUUCCAUUGUACUCAGUUUUUGAAGUUUGAGACCCAUUGUAGUCAAAUGCUGUCACUGGGAUUUCCAGAGAGUAAGUCCUGUUUAUCUUACUAUACUAUAAACUCCUUGAAGGCAGAUACUCUAAUACAUCAGUUUCUCAAAAAAUGCCCCAUAUCUUUUUAAGAGAAAAGUAUGUGUUGAAAUGAAUAGGUGGGGUCAUCAGGAUUCUUGUCAUCUACAACUCUUAACACAGUCCCCCAAAUUCCCUCACUAUAACUCAGACCUCCUCUUUCCACUGUCCUGGGAGACUGUAUUUGCAAUUAUCUGUUGGAUAGCUAUACACAAGCCUUUGUUUAGCAUUUUAAACUUUACUUAAUUAAAAGAACUCACUGUUUUUUCAUUUGAAUCUAUUUUCUUCUGUAGUGGAAAAACAUCAUUCUAGGUUCCGGAAUCUGCCUCCAGGUCUCAAGAAGACCCUCUACAAUUGCUCAUUUCCCUUCCGUCUCCGAGGCCCUUUUCUUUCCCCAUCAUCCCUGGCUUAAGUCCUUGUUACCUCUUCCCAGUGAUUGGAAUCUUGUCAUUCCAAUGCCUUCUUUGGGUGGUCCCAUUUUAAGUGCUUCAGAAGCUAAGCUCUAAUCUAGUUUCAUCCCUGCCCUUUUACAACCUUCAUUAGCUUCCAAGUGGCGUGGCAUGGAACACUUUUCCUCAGGUUUCACACACUUCAGCUAACCCCAGUCCAACCUUUCUCCAUUCACACAGUUAUUUCUUUUUUCUCACCCUCUCCUUCAUCUCCGUUUCUGCCUAUCUAUCCAAGACUUCUUUGUGACGGUCGAUCCAAGCCUUUCUCCCAAAUUCUGCUCUCCCUCUCCUCCAGACUACAUCUACUCUCCCUUUCCCUUGCAGCCCC